AUGUUCCCCAGAAAAUCCAAUCUUUUUAGAUCAUUGGGUAGAAACUUCUCACGCCAACAAAAUAACGCUUCUUCUACUGGCGCAGUAAAAGGAACAGGAUCUACAAAAUGUCAAGAAACUGUGUUUUUCAUAUUAAAACUGAAGAUCCAGUCUGUCGAUGAUUCCUCGUUAUGGCGAAAUCAAAUCGAUACCGAUACUACUUAUGUAUUUUGCGAAGAUAAUGAUCUCAAUAAAUUAGCAGCAGUGUGCAUCUACUACUCCCUGACCAAUGCGUCUAAAGAUGAAUCUUCAAGCGAUUUUGGUAUUCAUUUGCUAACAGUAUCAUCAGCAGUUUACGACAAUGUCAUAUACCGACCCAAAUUCUCUCCAACUGCAAUAUUUCACAAUGGACAAGCAGCAAUACGUCAAUUGACGCCAGCACAACGGGAUGUCACCGAGCAUGAUGAUUCCAUUCAAAACUUUCUCUCCUCCUUGGGAAACCAAAGUAUUAGGGCUUCAAAAGGUCUUCAGUUAAUUUUGAACCUCGGAAUUUCACCGAAUGACGGAAAGAAAAAGACACCGACAGAAAUUAUAAGAGCUAUUCUAUAUACGCCAGAAGUGUUGAAAGAUCGUAAAUGGACGUUUACACUGCUAGAAAAUAAAUUAUGGGUAGAAGACACCAAUAAGGAGCACUAA